UCAAGCAUGCAAGAAAACGAAGAGAAGAAAAUUGAUGUGAAAUUGACUAAUGUUUAGGACGGUUGCUUAUCGCUUACGAGUGCUCCGUCGACAUCUGAGUACUGUAUCAAGAUCAAUACAACUUCGAGCUAUGUCUUCAAAUGAUAAACCAACUGCUGGCAUUAUAAUUAUUGGUGAUGAGAUUUUAAAAGGACACGUCCAAGACACCAACUCACAUUAUUUAUGUAAUGAGCUUUUUCAAAUGGGAAUCAAAGUUGAAAAGAUAACAGUAGUUGGUGAUGACUUGCAUUCAGUUGCAAAUGAAAUUGCAAGCUUUUCAUCCCAAUAUACGCACGUACUUACCUCUGGUGGAAUAGGGCCAACUCAUGAUGACAUCACUUUCAAAAGUGUUGCCAUGGCAUUUGAUGAAAGCCUAGAGCUGAAUGAUGAGCUGGUGGCACUUUGCAAACAAUUCUUUGGAGCUGAACACAGUCUGGAUUCUCCGCAGAUGAAAAUGGCUUUUGUAUGA